GGUUUGUAGUGGGGGACGGCAGUGCGUUUAAAAACCCGCCCAGGGGAGACACCGCGUUUACGAGCCCGGAGAUCUGUGUGUGUUUUCCGCGGACUGCCUCCCUCCCUCCUCGGCCCCGGUUCACUCCGUCCGGUGCGGGAUGAGCUGGUCGUGAGGAACGCGACAGCACCGGUUCACCUGAAGCAAGUGGACCCUUCUCCGGAUUUUAACCCCUGACAAACAUGCGCGGACUUUCUUUCAUCUCAUUUGAUUGGAAGCCGUGUGGAGACCGUUUCUCUGGAGGACUUUAAAAACACAGGAGAGCUGCUUUUUCUCUCGCUGGGUUGUUUACAUGCUGUGAUAGGAUUUCCCAUCAUUUCCAGCAGCAGCAGCAGCUCAGGGUUUCUUCCUCUUCCUCUUCCUCUUCCUCCUCCUCCACCUCCUCCUCUUGUUCCUCUGCCUCCUCCUCGGAUCCUCCAGGUCGCGCGGAGGCCGGUGCUGGUGCAGCUGGUGCCGGGCUGAGAAGAUGGGUCUACCUGCCCUGGAGUUCAGUGACUGCUACCUGGACAGUCCCCAGUUCCGGGAGCGACUCAAGUCCCACGAGCUGGAGCUGGACAAGACCAACAAGUUCAUCAAGGAGCUGAUCAAAGAUGGAAAAGCUCUCAUCCAGGCGCUGAAGUGUCUGUCGACGGCCAAGAGGAAGUUUGCCGGCUCUCUCAACGAGUUUAAAUUCCAGUGUAUUGGAGACGCGGAGACGGACGAUGAGAUUUGCAUAGCCAAGUCGCUCCAGGAGUUUUCAUCAGUUCUGCAGAACCUGGAGGAUGAGAGGACACGGAUGAUCGAGAACGCCAGCGAUGUUCUGAUUAUGCCUCUGGAGCGGUUCAGGAAAGAACAGAUCAGCGCAGCCAAGGCAACCAAGAAGAAGUACGACAAAGAGACGGAGAAGUAUUGUGCAGUGCUGGAGAAACAUCUGAGCCUCUCAGCCCGGAAGAAAGAGUCACAUCUACAUGAAGCGGACAACCAGGUCGAUACCGUACGGCAGCACUUCUACGAGGUUUCUCUGGAGUAUGUCUUCAAGGUGCAGGAGGUCCAGGAGAGGAAGAUGUUCGACUUUGUGGAGCCGCUGUUGGCGUUUCUCCAAGGCCUGUUCACCUACUACCACCACGGCUACGAGCUGGCAAAGGACUUCAAUCACUUCAAGACUGAUCUCACCAUUAGCAUACAGAAUACGAGGAACCGCUUUGAGAGCACCCGGUCGGAGGUGGAGAGUCUGAUGGGGAAGAUGAAGGAGAAUCCACACGAUCACAAGAGUGUCAGCCAGCACACCAUGGAAGGAUACCUCUUUGUACAGGAGAAGCGCUCAUUUGUAUCUACCUGGGUGAAGUACUACUGUACGUACCAUCGGGAGCCCAAGAGGGUGACCAUGGUUCUGUUUGACCCUAAAUCAGUAGGGAAAAUGGGAGAAGAGGAGAGCUUCAUCCUCAAGUCCUGCACCAGGAGGAAGUCGGACUCCAUAGAAAAGAGGUUUUGUUUUGAUGUGGAGUCUGUGGACAGGCCGGGAGUGAUCACCAUGCAGGCUCUGUCAGAAGAGGACCGGAGGCUGUGGAUGGAGGCCAUGGAUGGGAGAGAGCCGGUUUACAAUCUGAACAGAGACAACCAGGCUGAAGGCCUGGCCCAGCUGGAUGUCACUGGGUUCAACGUGAUGAAAAAAUUCAUCUAUGCAGUGGAGACGCGAGGUAUCAAUGACCAGGGGCUGUACAGGAUCGUUGGUGUCAACUCCAGGGUACAAAAACUACUGGGCUUCGCUAUGGAUCCAAAGACGUGUGCCGACGUGGAGCUGGAAAACCAAGAGUGGGAGAUAAAGACGAUCACAAGUGCAAUCAAGCACUACCUCAGGGUGCUGCCCGCGCCUCUCAUGACCUACCAGUACCAGAGGAGCUUCAUCAAAGCUGCCAAAUUGGACAACCCGGAGGCCAGGGUGACAGAGAUCCACGCUCUGGUGCAUCGACUGCCUGAGAAGAACAGACAGAUGCUUGAGCUGCUGAUGAAACACCUGAACAAUGUGGCCAGUCACGACCAGCAGAACCUGAUGACCAUCGCUAACCUGGGGGUGGUCUUCGGGCCGACUCUGCUCCGCCCCCAGGAGGAGACGGUGGCGGCCAUCAUGGACAUCAAGUUCCAGAACAUUGUGGUGGAGAUCCUCAUAGAGCACCAUGAAAAGAUAUUCAGGGAGGUGCCGAGUUCUGCAGCAGGUCCGACCAACCUGCAGCUCAACCUGUCCAGGAGGAAAAGCACUGAUGGCAAAGCCCCGUCCUGCAGCGAGAGGCCUCUCACGCUCUUUCACACACCAACACAUUCACAGAAAGGUGAAAAGACGAACAGUGUCGUCAACGAGCUGCAGCAGCCGGUCUCCUCCUCUUCUGUCAACUGCAACAGCAGCAGCAGUAGCAGCAGCAGCAGCCAAGGCCGAACCCCGAGACACAGCCUGACCAGCAACGACGGAGAGCAAGACACACGGCAGAUCCGCCCCAGUUCACUGCUGAACCCAAAAGGUCGUGGCAGCAUCCCAGCCAAAAGUGCAAAGUCUCCCAGCCCCACCUCACCACGUUCCCCCUCCUGGCCGAUGUUCUCUGCUCCGUCGAGCCCUCAGCCGACCUCCUCCGCCUCCAGUGACUCCUCUCCAAUCAGUCUUACGGGCAGGAAGGCUCGGGCGCUGUAUGCCUGCAAGGCGGAGCACGACUCCGAGCUGUCCUUCAUCGCUGGAACCAUCUUUGAAAACGUUCAUGGCUCCAGGGAGCCGGGUUGGCUUGAAGGGACCCUGGAUGGUCGAACAGGACUGAUACCAGAAAACUAUGUGGAGUUUUUAAAGUCCACGUAGUUUGUAGUGUCAGUCCUGACUCGUAAGAUACUGGACCAGAAACCAGAACCGGAGGAGGGGACUGGAUUUGACUGCACAAGACCGGACAGACUAUAUUAGCUCAUAUACUAUAGUGGACCGGACCAUUGUUGGAGACCUGAAACUGGACCAAGCAAAACCAUAUCAAAUGGAUGUGAUGAAGAAGUGAAGCGGAGCGGACUGGGGAGAGACCCGUGAAUUGCACUGGAAAAAAAGAGAGAAAAAAAAAGGUUUUGAAUCCCUGUGUGGUUUGGAUGUUAUUGGUGUGGAUGACUCCCCAAGUCCUGAUGAUGAUGUAAUAUGUGUGGAGAGAAAAGUGUAUACGUGUGUGUGUGUGUGUUUGUGUGAUAUAUCUGGGGUUGAUAUUUCUGAGCUGUGAGGCUUGUGAUUUGUAUUUUUCAGCCCUUGCUUUAUUAUUUGGAGCUGCACUGCCCCAUCGCUUCAGCAUCUCCUCUUUUGUGUCGCCUACGAAUGGAAAAGCUCUCUGGAGGUGAUUGAUAUGAAACCAGUGGACUAACUCCGUGCGGUGACGGCACCGUGGUUUGUCCGACUGGGAGAGUGGAGCGUUUAAAAGCAGAUUUUGAAUCAUCAGGUUUGUGCUGAACGGCUUCGAUGUGUGAUUGCGAGCACUUUUCCGCGUCAGGCGGGUUUUUCCCCAGGAACAAGACUCGACCUGACUAAUGUUUCGGAGCAGGAACCCCAAGGCAGAUCAGCCACAGGAUGAGGUCACCUGGCAAACAGUCUGGCCAAAGGUCAGCAUUGGGUUUCAUCUUUAUUUUUAUACAUCUGGCCUUUUCUCCCUCCAGAGCCCUCGAGAAAAAUGUGAAAAAUGUCAAACCAGCUCCAGGAGCUUAUCAGCGGUUUACAACGCAGCGUGGGAGAAAACAACCGAUUCCUGUUGGUUAAAAGCUGGGAGGCCUCGCUCCGCUUCCUCAGGCUCGGGCUCAAAGUUUUUUUGAUUGUUGGAAAUAACUGAAUCCUGUGUCACAUAUAGUUUGGAAUCAUGUUUGCACUAUUUCAUCAAACAGGACGUUGUCCUUUUCCACAUCACAGAGCACUGGCGUUCUAAAACACCACUGUUCUGUUUCCAAUUCACUUCAGAAAUACACAUGAUUUAUCACGUUUAUUUAUUCAUAGCUCGGGUGGUUUUCUUCAUGCCGGAGCCAUCGUACGGAUUAUGUAAGGUCCUUUUUUUUAUUGCUCCGGAUGCUUUAAUCUCAGCUUGGACUAAUAAACAACACCCCCGUGUUUUUCUUUGUUUGUGCACGAUCAUGACAAAGCUAAAAGUGUCGUUGUCUGAAGAGGACUGACAUUCACGUUUGGGUCUGGUGUUUACAUACGAGACGUUCAUUCUCAAGAAAAUGAAAUGCAGAUGUGUCUUGUUAGAGACACUGAAAACAAAAACAAAAAUCAUUGAAUUGUUCAGACACAUGUGUGAAAGCUGAUCUGCGUUGGGGCUCCGAUGAAUCUCCUCCCCUCAUGAGUCAAAGUGAAACUUCUUCCUUUAACCACUUGAUGAACAUCUGCAUCGACUCCUCUGAAAAAUAAAGAUUUUCAUUGAACUUCCAGGACAAAAUAUUGAAAAAAUAUUGUUGCAUUUUAACAGAAAAAUCGAACGGGAGAGUAAAACAAAUGUGAAAAGAGACUACUUUGUUCAUAUCUAAACUUCUUAUUUAUGAGACUUUCCUGGACUGUAUUCUUUUUGAGGUGUUUUAUUGACCUUGUAAAUAAAUACACAAGCAUUUGAUAAGGUAUAAUUUUUUAAGUCUGAAAUUUUAUAUUUUGUAUUCCUAGCCUACUAACUUAAUUCCUUCCUUCGUUGCCCGACAUUUUGUAUCAUUUAAGUCUUUCUACAGCCUUGAGUAUUCCUUCAGAUGUUUUGGUGAAUUGAUGAGCAUGAGCAGAAUUAAAGACAAAUGUUGAACAGCU